AUGACCGAUUCUGCUCGCGAGACCCCCGAUCUGGGCAAACCCCAAUUAGCGUCUCAUGCAUGGGUUGAGCCGAUUGUCGUGGUGGGUAUCAUGGUCGGGUCCCUGAUCGUGAACCGUCGCAGGGAUUCCAGUAAAAGCGCCAAUGACUUGCAUCACAGCCGAUAUGGUGAUUAUGCCCUGCUGGAGGAGGGCGACGCCCAUCUCAGCAGCGAGCCGCGCUCCAAAUCGGAGACGGUCUUUGGAGUCAGCAUCAAGAUGCGAGACUCGACGCGCUGGGCGCAUCAUAUCCAUAGCCGGAUCUUGCAGAAAUUCCCCUUUUUGGUCGAGAUGUUCUACUGGAGUAUGAACUAUCUCUUUUAUUCAGUGACCAAAGGGACCGCCCAGUGGCUCUCUCCCGCCCAGAUAGGGGUGGUCCAGGUCGCGCGAGGCCAUGCCGUUGACAUCCUCAACUUCGAACAUCAGACCGCUUCGUGGAUCUUUCCGAUCAAAGAAGUGGAUUUCCAAUCUUUCUUCAUUCAAAAUCACCCAUCGUUUAUGACCUUGUUCAACCGGAUCUAUUCAUUGAUUCACAUUCCCGGGACAGUGCUAUUCCUCUCCUGGUAUUACUACGUUGCGAAGAACCAUGCGGCUUUUGCGGUGGCCCGACGCACCAUGACUUUGGGAAAUCUCGCCGCCUUCUUGGUGUUUUGCGUGUAUCCCUGCAUGCCCCCCCGACUCCUACCCGAAUCGUAUGGAUUCUAUGACACCGUGCGACAGGGCAACGCCGAAAGCAUCUGGGUCGGUGGAAAAUCCAUCAACCAGUUCGCUGCCAUGCCCAGCCUCCACUUCACUUAUGCCUUUGUGAUCGGUUGCACCUUUUUCCAUUACUCGGGGUUUGGCUUUUUGGCACUUGCGAUCUUGUAUCCGAUCCUCGUCCUCAGUGUCAUCAUUGCUACCGCCAAUCAUUACUGGCUUGAUGCUGUGGUGGCCAUCUUCACCGUGACCCUGUCCUACCGCUGCAACAGGGUGCUGAUUUUGCUACUUCCUCUCGAGCAUGCCCUGUGUUGGUGUUUGCGUCUAGCGAAGCCCGUCCCUACCACGGGCGAUAGAGAUUCCAAGAGAUGA